AUGGCGGGUGUCGCUACAGCGGCAUAUUCCGCAGAUGCCUUAGCAUCGCCCGUGGAUGGCUCGCUAUGGGAUUUUGCGGUACCACUUGUGCACGAGGAUAACCACCACUCAUCGAAACAACGUGAGUCGCACGACUCGAACUCAAUCGGCGCAAAAUUCUCUCGACAGCGUACCUCGAACGGCUCACGCAGCUCCUCGGUCUCGCGCAACGUACACGCACAUGAAUCGCCCUAUCUAGCCUCGAACCGAGGACGGAGGGAACCCAGUCUCAAUCGACAUGGGAGUGAAGUAGGCAGUAUGCGAGAUGCUUUUGGUUCCGAGGCAGCCGGUCGUAAAGAGCCCGAAGAGGCCGAUGAUGAUCUUCAACUGAGUUUAGACGGAAAGACGAACCAGGAAAAAUGGAUCCACCGAGACAAGCUGGCAAAGAUCGAGAGUGAAGAGCUCCACCAAGCAGCCAUUCUCUUCCAGCGACGGAUGAGAGGAGAGAGCAAAUCGAGUGUGGGACGUGGAAGGAGCUAUGAUUCACACCAGAGUCCUGCUAACGGGACUGGUACAGCGACCUCGCCCGCUGCAGAAUAUUCCGAACCCUGGCCGAAAGUGAAAGAAGAACCCGGCAAGCGGGGUGUGAACAACAAUGUAGGUGGCAGUGUGCGGGAACAUUGGGAUCUCCGCCGACCAGAGGAGAUUGCUGCGGACGAUGCAGCCGCCAGCCUCUACAGCCACCCUGGCCUUGGAAAAAGCGCCUCCCGAAUACCCAUCUCUACGGCUAGUCCAGUUCCCAUCCUCGGCCGCGAUUCUGGCAGUUCAAGGAGCCGUGCCGCAACAGAUGAAGAAGACCGGUCUUCACGGAACCGUAGAGCCAGCGAACCUAUCACCAUCGAGCAAGAUGGUUCGACUCCUUCUCCACAAAGUCGACCAGGCAGUCGUGGAUUCAGCAGUACACAGAACACGGGCAAGAAGACAGUCAAGAGCUCUACGAACCGAAAGACCUCUGCUCCACCUGCGAACAGGAAGACGAGCACUCCUCGAUCUCGCGCUGUCUCCGGUAACAACACACAGCGCCCUACCACCCGGUCAGGUGAAAGUCGUCUUCCAACAACCGCUAACCGACCCGAAGGAGACCCGCCUUGGUUGGCAACCAUGUAUAAGCCCGAUCCUCGCCUUCCACCAGACCAACAGAUGAUCCCGACCGUCGCCAAGAAGAUGAUGCAGGAACGCUGGGAGAAGGAAGGCCGGACACCAAACACAUACGACCGCCACUUCGCGCCCCUCGCAGUGCACCCAUUCGAUACGCCGCCUCCUGUAGCCACCAAGGCUGAGCCAGAACCGCAACCACAACCGCAACCGCAACCAGUUGAGUCUCUACAGCUCGAGGAUUUGUCACCUCGGCCAUCAAAGAGCCCAGAACCGCCCCGCCCGAAUACAAGCACCGGCUACAGCACCAUGCCCAAGGUGCAGGAAACACCCCCAAUGGGAUUAGCACCUAACCCCAACCCCAACUGGAGCCCUCCAGUUGUCACCGCGCAACAGCUACCGAAGAAAGAGAAGAGCUGCGGGUGCUGCAUUGUGAUGUGA